GGUUUGUUUUUCGCUGUAGCUGUGUUUACUUAUCGUGAACUUAUGGGCUCUCUAAGUCGGCGGAUGUUUAUUGUUAAGAAACUCGUAUUAGUGCCUAUGGUAUGUGUUUAGGGUAAAAGUGACUAAGAGAUCGUUAAAUUUUUUGAGUUGAAAAGACACGGCAGCAAAGUGGCGGGUUUCUCCGGAAAGCACUGGAAGAUGAUUUUAAGAAUAAUCACCGCGACUACCCUGCUAGCAACAACUUGUUCAGUGGUGCCUCCGUGUAAGAAAAAUGAGUUCCAAUGUCUCAGUGGCAAAUGCAUCGGAACCCAUAAGUACUGCAACGGUUUAGUGGACUGUGACGAUGCUAGUGACGAAAUAUCCAACUGUUCUCCUUGCAAUAUUUCAUAUUACGGAUUAACAGGCCGCACUUAUCAGCUCGAAGUGAAAAAGCCUCCCGAUUUGCCCUUUUUGUGCUUCUUAAACUUCACAGCCGGAGGAGGGAUGCUUGGGGAUCUAGUACAACUCUCCUUUGAAUCAUUCUCCAUAGGGACUUUCGAAUCCUUCACAAUCUCCGGAUGUCCCGAGGGAUACAUCCAGAUCCAAGAGACCAACAAGCCGUUCUCUGGAGGAAAAUGGUGCGGAAGCGCCUGGGGGUACACGGUAUAUUACAGCGAAACUACCAGCAUUAAUCUGACUUUGGUACUGGAUAAGGCUUCACAACAGGAAAAUUCCGGGCCCAGUUUCGAGUUCAAACUUUCCUACAAGUUUUUGAAAUUGUCAGAUGCUAAGCUACGAUAUGGGAACCAGACGCAGAGAACUUAUAGAGGGAAACUCAGUAGCGGCAGUUACUGCGAUCGACUUUUGGAAGGGUGUUCGCGAAGAAACUGUAAAAUCCAAUCCCCGAAUUAUCCGGGGGUGUAUCCGAGAAAUGUCACGUGCCACUACAGGGUGAGGGAGAAAAACGUGCCACAAGAUAAACACGCCCUUAUCGUCCUUAGACCGUCGAACUAUCACUACAGAGAGACUAAGCAGGGUGCUAAGUUCGAAAAUACCGAUAAAAUGUUAAGGAUAUGGGACCAGUGUAGCACGAUCCAGGACUACAUAGAAAUAUACGACGGAUGGGGCGCGACCUCGACCUCCCUGGCACAUCUAUGUAGCGGGGAAAAUAUUCCAGAAAUAAUUAGCAGCGGUCCAGAAUUAUUACUGAAAUUCUACACGUCUCCGUAUGGAAACCCUUUUCAUCCUUUACCGUUAAGUAAAUUGCCCGGAUUCGAGUUGGAGGUAGAGGUGCUUUUUGUGAACAAGGACUCGCCGACUUACGUGGAGCAAAAUAAGAAGUGCGAUUUUUUAAUCACUUCGUUUGAUAGUAUCACCGGGAUACUUCAGAGUCCUUUGCACUCGUUACCCUCAAAUACUACGUGUCAUUACCAUUUAAGGGGUCACCCAAAAGACAUUAUCUGGGUAUCCUUCUUAAAAUACCACAUAGGCAACGAGAAGAUCAACGAUUAUAACGCCUUAGGGUGCGACGUGCAAUUGCAAAUAUGGGACGGUGAUAUUAAGACGAAAAGUGCGGUACAACUGAUGGGGCAGUUUUGUAAAGACGAUAAACCGAAACUGUGCGAUCAUGCCUUGCUGAAUAAUUCGUCGAGACUUACGAGACCUUGCAGCCUGGCCGAGAGCUACGUGAGUACCAACUCAGACCUAACCAUAACUCACACGACAAAAUACGGCACCGUACUCUAUCCGGUACAGUUCAGUUUAAAAUAUGAAUUUAUCGAUUUGAACCAGGAAGGGUUACAAAUGAACCGGAACCCUUGCGAUCGACUAUUCACCCAGCAGAAGGGCAGAUUUUACUCGCCGAAGAUCACUUUUUUAUUCGGCAGAGGUGGACAGAAGGACUUGAAUUGUUUGUAUCAGUUCGAGACCGUUGAGCCUCAGAAUUUGAGAUUGGUAUUUAAUAGGGUGGGGUUUGGUAGGAAGGAGUGUCUUACAGAGUUCAAUCCAGAAGUUAAUCGAUGGCAGUGCUACUCGAAAUCCAUCCUGAAUGGUAGAUCAACAAUAACCAUUUCCGAAUAUCCAUGGAUGGACGUGGAACUUAAGAGGCAUUGCUUGUGCAGCAACGUCACAGAGGCCCCGUUUGUUAUCUUACUAAGGUCAGCACUGAAAGUCGUUGUUAAAUUUACAGUAACCAAUAUGGCUAACACUGAGGAUUAUAACAGUUACUUCUUCGAUGCCACUUAUGAAUUCUUACCGUCAGAUGACAAUAACUGCUACAAUCCGUGGAAAACUAGAAGACUUAGAGGAUCAAGUGGAGAAGUUAGUAUCGGAACUGAAAAAGAUAUUUUGGAUAAUUUCAAUGAAGCCACAACAAACAGUUUCAACCAAACUGUUAGGUACUGCCUGCACCAGCCUUGGCUCAUAGAACCCGAGGAGGAUUGCAAUUUUAUUUAUCUGAAAGUAAAAGGGUCUGAACGGAGGGACUCGAGACUUUGUCCAAGCAAAAAUCGGAUCCUGAUUUAUCCGGCGGGACAUGCGGAGGACAUGCACGUGAUUUGUCCGGAUUUUGGCGGUUUCGACGAUGAAGUCGAGCUGUUUUCUGAGGGAUGGAGCAGGUUUAAUUAUAAUAAGUUGGAAAACAGGAAUACGAGAAGUUUCGUAAUAGAGUUCUUGAAAAGGGAACCGGGAAGCUUUAUGAUAACGUGGAUGGAAAUUUCGAAAAAUCCCGCGUUAGCUCUACCUAGUUCCUUUCUGGCUAUACGACCGCCUGACUGUCCACACAGUUGUCCAGAACUGGGUGCGUGCAUAAGCUCGAAACUCUGGUGCGACGGUCUACCCCACUGUCCAUCCGGAAACGACGAGCAAGACUCCAACUGCGCGGUCGCUUCCAGUUUCCUCUAUGCGCACCUGAACUCCAUAGCGUUGGGUGCUAUAGCUUGCGUGAUAACCGCCACAGUUGUGAUAGUGAUCGUUGUGAUAGUGAGAGGAUGGCGGAGGGACCAGAGAAAUGUGAUAGUGUCAGUGACAGAACAUACGUUUUUGGAAUUUAAAAGCGGUCUGUGUUAAAAAGGGAAUUAUGGAUUAAGUUUUUGAAUUGUUUUGUAUAUAUAUGUCAUUUUUUAUUAUAUUUAGAGAAAUUACGGUAAAAUCAUAAUCUCGAUCAAGAGAUGAUGUAAGUGGAUAUUCCUGGAAUAUUUCAAUUAUAUAGAUCAGAGUAUUUGAAGUAUAAACACGAUAAAUAUUUCCCAAAAAUAUUUGUUACAGACGUUAACUUGAAAGAAUAGCUCAUGCUCUAUAAUACUACUUAUUGCACUUUUCCUUUAGGUCAAAUAAUUUUCGAGAUAUUUCGACUUUACUGGCUUGGCAGUUGGAUGCCUGACUUGCCGAGCACAUUGUUGCCCAAUAUCUCCUUAACUGUUGGGUUUAUGAAAAAGUGUCUAAAGAGCAAUUUAAAAGAAUGGCUCAUGUUCUAUAAUAUUGCUUAUUAGCAUUUUUCCUAUAGAUCAAAUAGUUCUUGAGAUAUUUUGACUUAAACAUCUUGGUAGUUAGGUGUCUGACUUGCCGAGCCCAUUUUUCGCCAAUAUCUCCUUAACUGUUGAGUUUAUCAAAAAGUGUCUAAAGAUCAAUUUGAAAGAAUGGCUCAUGUUCUAUAAUAUUGUUUAUUAGCAUUUUUCUUAUAAGUCAAAUAGUUUUUGAAAUAUUUGGACUUAAGUGGCUUAGUAGUUAGUUGCCUAAUUUGCCCAGUCCAUUUUUGCCCAAUAUCUCCGUAACUGUUGAGUUUAUGAAAAAAUGUCUAAAGAUCAAUUGAAAGAAUGGUUCAUGCCUCAUGGUCUAUAAUAUUGCUUAUUAGCAUUUUUCCUAUAGGUCAAAUAGUUCUUGAGAUAUUUUGACUUAAACAUCUUGGUAGUUGGGUGCCUGACUUGCCGAGCCCAUUUUUGGCCAAUAUCUCCUUAACUGUUGGGUUUAUGAAAAAGUGUCUAAAGAUCAAUUUGAAAGAAUGGCUCAUGUUCUAUAAUAUUGUUUAUUAGCAUUUUUCUUAUAAGUCAAAUAGUUUUUGAAGUAUUUGGACUUAAGUGGCUUGGUAGUUAGUUGCCUAAUUUGCCCAGUCCAUUUUUGCCCAAUAUCUCCUUAACUGUUGAGUUUAUCAAAAAGUGUCUAAAGAUCAAUUUGAAAGAAUGACUCAUGUUCUAUAAUAUUGCUUAUUAUCACUUUUCUUAUAACUCAAAUAGUUUUUGAGAUAUUUCGACUUAAAUGUCUUGGCAGUUGAGUGUCUGACUUGCCGAGUACACUUUUGGCUAAUAUCUCCAGAAUUAUUCCUUGAAUAUUUCCUGAGAUAUUCCGCAUACAUCUAUGUACAAGUUUCUAUUGUUUACACAAAUAUUCCUGGAAUAUAUUUUUUUAUUUUUAUGUAGUACUGUUGUAGUUUUUCUAUAUAAUCUCUAGUAAUGUAAACAUCUUUGGCAGACAAUCUAUUAAAUACGUAAGAUACAAAAAAAACCUAAUAAUAUGUUGACUGAUGUAAAUUAAAUGUUUAUUUGUACAGAAUUAAUAUAUUAAGUAAGGAUUGUAGUUAAAUUAAUAGCUUAUCUUGAUGAUAUCUAUGUCGAAUAUUAAUUAAAGAAUUAUUUACGGUUAGGAACACUUCCCAUCAUAGUUUAAUUAUAUAAUUAAGUCUCAUAAAGCUUUGUUUUGACCCUGAACGUUUUAAUCUAAGAAAAACAUCAUUUUUAAAAUCAAUUUGUUCAUUUAUUUGUUUAUUGAAACACUCUAUAUGUAUUUGUCCAAAUUCGAGCUUAAUGACAUUUAAAUAAAUGACCUACCUACCUUUGUCUGACACGUGAUUAGGCUCGAACUAAAUAUUUCCGAGACUCCCUGUAUAUAUACUAAACCUUCCUAUUUACCAAUAGAUUAACAUAACAAUAUAGAAAAUUCGCAAAGCAAUAAAUUUGUAAAUUAAAUUCGCUAUUUAACGGUGGUUGAUAAGUUAUACAGUAUUAUGAAAUGAAGCAUUAUUAAUUGACUGACAAUAUUUAAUAAAAUGUUAUAAAUGAAAUGUAAAUAAAUUUAGCGUUUUUAUAAAUAAAUUGAGAUAUUA